AUGAGGCGCACGUACUUACGACGCUAAACCUCGUAAGUCGGAAUGAGCGUCGUUUAAAGCGUCGUAACCACGAAACGACGUAACUCGAGACCGUCGAUCGUAGCCCGAGGACUACCUGUACUUUUAUGCGCGAGGGGUACCCGUGGAGAUAUACUUUCGCUCUUUGGGGGUACAGUCGCAUAAAGGUUAAGAAUCUCUGGUACCUGACGUCAUAGUACUGAUCGACCUGCCGCGUUAAUUGAUGUUUUUCUGUGGCGUGGACAUGCAUGUAUUAUAUAGAAAUUGCGGUCCUAUAGUCGUAUGGAACAUGGCACGCAUACAUGCACGCACACACACAGAUGGAAAGGUAACAAGUACAGGCUUAAUUGGCGGUGUGUGUGUGGGGGAGUAAUUACUGGCCGGGUGACAACCCCGUGACUGAAGGAGAGCAGGAAGGGGUUCGACAAAUGACAGGAUGGGUGUGCGGAGAUGUUUUGGAGAGACGUCGGGUGAAUUAAGAGAACGUAAUUUUUUUUUUUUAAUAUAUAACUGUAAUGUUUACAAUAAAAGAGUACCGUGGGUAAAGAGUUGUAAUGCUUAUAAUAAAUCAUGAAAUAAAACAAACAAAGGGCCCAGAGGUGACGACGUGCUGCAGAUCAACAGACUUAUCACCAACAUCAACCUUCGAGGCAACUGUCAGAUGCUUCCACUGGGCGCAGGGCGUCCUCCGCGCGCCGUCACCACGGACCCGGUGGUUAUCGCGAUUCGCUUGCUUGUCCGCGUGUAUCUCUUCUUCGUUUAUUCCGUGAUUAUGAAUAGCUCCUCAUGCGAAAAUUGAGGUCUUUGUGGGAAUACAAGUUUUAUUAUCCCAUUUCUUGAAAGAAUCAUAAGGGCCGUUCUCUCGGGCAAAGUUUCGAACCAUCAAACCUCCGGAGUUCCCCAAAGUACCCCAAGUUAGAACCUAACGUUGUUGACCAAUUAAAGUCCUAGAUAAGGAAAACCAAGAAGCACAAGUCCUCGUGAGGGGAAAAGGGAAGGGGUGAUCGAAAGCAAUUAUGCAAUGUGAAGUGUUUGCAUGUCAAGUUUAUCUCGGUCUUAGAUACUUUCAUGAUGUGCGCCAAGUCUAUACCAGGUGUAACACCGCUCCCCUCUUGAUCCCCGUGAGUUUAUAACCCAGGAGGUGAAUGGUCAUGUUGAUAUCAGAGUUCUGGCACAAGUGCUGCCUCUUGAUCUUUACGUCCCUGGGUUUGGCGACAUGAAAAGUCAGUUUUCCGCUCGGGAGCUUGAGUGGGAUUUGUCAGCUUACACCGAAGCACCAGGUAGGGAAGUUCUAGAAUCAAAAUUCGCAGUCUCUAUUAGCUUUAAUGGAGUAUAAGAUCUUGUGAACGCCAGUAAUUCUGUCAGGAGUAAUAAUGUCUGUGAAGCAAGAAGUCUUUAUUAAGUCUUACAGGGAGUCUCAACCUCGAGGGGACUUACAUAAGUCGGAGCCGGACCUCAACAGCCCCAGACACACCCAGACCCCCCGGCGACUCAGUGUCAGUUCCCAGUCUUCGCUGGACAGCGAGGGGUUGGCGGUCGCGGACCAGCAUAGCCACUGGAAGGAGGUAGACCUAGACGACGACAUUGAAACUCUCCUGGACACAUCUGAGUCGAUACCGCCGUACGACGUGACGGGCAAAACAACGUACGAACGCGCGUGCGUCAAGGUGGGCGUGACCCCAGCACGAUGCCUGCUGCGGAAACUGGACAAAGGGCGUGCCCUUGACCUCAAGCACUAUGGCCUUGGACCCCGCAGUGUCAUCCCCGUCACCAUGGCAUUGAUGAUCAACAGAUGUAUCACCGAGAUCAACCUUCGAGGCAACUGUCUGGGCGCCAGUGGCAUGGCCUGCAUUCAAACAAUGAUGGAGGACAACAAUACGAUAAUUCAUAUUAACCUGGCGCCAACAACCUGAGGUCGGAGGGCGCGACGCACGUGGCCAGGAUGAUCGGCACCAACAAGACGCUUCGUGUCCUCGACAUUUCCGAAAAUGGCUUUGUGGAUGCUGACGCCGUCUGCCUUGCCAGAGCUGUAGAGAACCACUCUCGACUGACUGUUCUCAACCUGAGUCACAAUGCCUUUGGUGAUCCCUCAGCCGCAUGCUUCUCACAUAUGAUUGCAGAAAAUGGUGUCUUGGAGGACUUGAAUUUAAGCUGGAAUCACUUCCGAGUGAAAGGUGCUCAAGAGCUGGGAGAUGGGCUAGCAGAAAAUGAGUCGCUGAAAUCAUUCAACAUGAGUUGGAAUGGUGCUGAGGACAAGGGCACAGAAGCUGUGGGGAUGGCACUGAACCAGAACAGCACACUACAGCACAUUGACCUCACCUCCAACCGCAUAUCUUCAAAAGGCUUCCUGACACUGCUCAAAGCCCUGCCUCAUAAUGAGGCCCUCAGGAGCAUUAGGGUUGGGAGGAACAAUAUUUCGACUGAAGGAGCAAAGGUUGCUGUAGCCUUCUUAAAGACAAUAAGAAACCUUGCUUUACAUUUACUGGAUCUUUCAGACAUCAUCCUGAACAGUUCUAUCAAACCCCUACUAGAAGAAUUGAAGCAGAUGCACCCAGAUCUGCAGAUAUCAUAUGGCUACACAGAUUCCUACGGCAAACACAAGAUGCGCUCGUAUGACAUGGUGGCUGAAGCCCUCAGCACUAUGCAGUCCUUCUGUCAGGAGAACAAAAUCCAGCUGGUAGAGAUGUUUGCCAGAUUUGAUGCCGAUGGUAGCACAAGCCUUACUAGGGAGGAGUUUAAUGAAGGUCUUAAGGAAGCCAAAAUCCCACUGACUACACAACAUGUAGACAAGCUGAUUGAGGAACUUGAUAAAGAUGGAGAUAAGGAGAUUGAUUUCAGUGAACUUGUGAUUGGAGCAGGACAAAAGUCAGAAAGAAAAGCCAAGAAGUUAACCAUGAAACUGUAGUUACCUGCUUACUGAUAAUCGGCUACAGUAAAAACAAAAUCUAAGGUAAACAAUUAUAUAUUUAUAUAUUUGAUCGCAUCUUCAUACUGUUUACAUGACAUUCCCUUCUUAUCAGGGUAACCUAUACUAUGGACAUAGUACUUUCCUCACUUUUUAAUCCUAUCAUUUUAUUUCUGCAUCCUCUUAAAACUAAUAAUUGUCAUAACUGCGAUGUGCACAGUUAAGUGUAAAAUAAAACCUUGACAUCAUGUAGCAUCUAUUAAUUAUCCCUUAAGAGCCUCCCAUCAGUGCUGAAGCUGAAGAUUGUGUUAAAUAUACAAGCAGUGUGAGGAUAAAUAGACCUGAGUGUAGCUUGAGUCUCAAAGGUCUUACAGGCUUGCUUGACUGUAAAGAUUAUAAGAUCAAAGAAUUAGGUGAAAGUUGUAUAGUUUAAUUGUUUUGCAGGCCAGAAAUGCUGUUAGAAUUAGCUCACAUGUGGUUAAGCUAAGUUUUUAGAUGAUUAUUCUGCAUAACCUCGGAACUGAGUUUAAGAUAAAUAUUGCACAAUUUUGUGUGUUUUCUGCUAUGAGUGUUGAUUCGUGCAUCACAUGUGACAAUGUAUAUUAUUCCAUCACCUUUUACAUCCUAAAGCAUUUUGCUGUUUCUUGAGAAUCACCCCUACUUUGUUGUUAAAACAUAUUCUUUACACUUCUGUGCUGCAAAAUUUAAUUCAGCAUUGAUCCAGAACAGAACAAUUAUUAUAAGUGUGUAUUAGCUAAUUAUUUUCUUUACGUUAUCUACCUACCAACCCACAGUACACAAAAUAACAUCAAUUUGUAGCUGUCAAUUUACACAGUGGUACUGGCACGAAAGCAACAAAGCUUAUUAUGCUGGAAUGAAAACAUGGCCAAACCAAAAUAAGUCUAUCAAUCUCACCUUUUUUUGUCAUGGCAAAAGGUAAAUACCUAAUAAAGGUAUACAAACAAGGAAAGCUGCAAAUACACAUCUAAUUCUUGGUAAUAUCCUAAUGAAUUUCUACAAUGUCUACACUGAUCCACUUGAUGUACACCCACAUCAAACAACCUGAAAAACCAUUAAAAAUGUUCCCCUAGCCUUCUUAAUCAUUGUAAACAUGUCUAACAAUAGCAAACUUAAGAAAAUCCUUUGAAAAGGCUAUGAAUAUAAAAGACACAUGACAAAUGUAAGAAAAUUCACUGAGCUCAACCAAGGGACAUAUAUUUGAUCCAUCACAUUAUUUAACAACAGCACUGAUAAAAUCUAUAUGAUUAUUUAAAACACCCAUAUACAAACACAUACACUAGAGCAGUAACAAUUUUAACCCAUUUGUACAUGCUUAUGAUGCACUCACCUACACUAUUGGCAUGCUUGGUCUCUCUCACACACACAAUAUGUGCAUAGCACAUUACAGUCUGAGCCAGAAUAACACACCUGACAUACACUAGAGAAAUGAAACUGUGCUUUCUACAUCAAGAAAAGAUAUAAUAUCAUUUUUGGGAGGGGGACUCCUAAAAAAAAA